AUGAAGAGGUUAUUCACAUGUUGUGUCUCAAACUUUCACUCUAAAUCGAAGCUUAAGAAAUCUCAGUCUCAGAUAAUGGCAGGAAACAUUUCUAAUCUAAGUGGGAGCAAUGCGACUAAUAUUUUGCUGAAUCAUGACUUCUCUGAUGGGCUCAACUCUUGGCAUCCCAAUUCAUGCAAUGGCUAUGUAACUUCGCCCAAAGCAGGCGAUCAUGCUGGAAUUUCGGUAGAGUCGGGUCGUAACUAUGCUGUUAUCACUGACCGGAACGAAUGCUGGCAAGGUCUUGAGCAAAAUAUCACAGACAGAAUUUCGGUUGGUUCUGCUUACUCGGUUUCGGCUUUUGUUGGAGUGUCUUGCUCUGGCCUUUCUCAGGAAUCUGCUGAUGUAAAAGCUACACUGAAACUAGAAUAUCAUGGUUCAGAUACACAAUAUAUGUUCAUUGGAAGUACUUCUGUUCUAAAGGGUAGCUGGGAAAAGUUGGAAGGAACAUUUUCACUGUCUACUAAGCCCGAUCGGGUUAUAUUUUAUUUGGAAGGACCUGCUCCUGGAAUUGACUUGCUUAUAAGAUCAGUAGAGAUCAAUUGCUCCAGUCCAAAUAACAAUAUCUUAAGCACAGAAGGAUGUGUUUCUACUGGAGAUGAAAACAUCAUAAUAAAUCCUCAAUUUGAAGAUGGCCUGAAUAAUUGGUCUGGAAGAGGCUGCAAGAUUGUGUUGAAUGGUUCCAUGGCAGAUGGUAAAAUUGUUCCAAAGUCUGGGAAAUUGUUUGCAUGUGCAACAGAACGAACACAAGCCUGGAAUGGAAUUCAGCAGGAGAUAACUGGACGUGUGCAGCGCAAACUGGCCUAUGAGAUCACUGCUUUGGUUCGGAUAUAUGGCAACAAUGUCACUAGUGCUGAUGUUCGAGCUACUUUGUGGGUUCAAACACCAGAUUACCAAGAACAGUAUAUAGGCAUUGCAAAUGUACAGGCAACAGAUACAGAUUGGGUGACACUGCAGGGAAAAUUUCUUCUAAAUGGUUCUCCAUCAAAAGUGGUCCUUUAUUUAGAGGGCCCUCCUUCUGGCACUGACAUUCUUGUUAACAGUUUGGUUGUAAAGCAUGCUGCUAAAACACCUCCUUCUAUACCACCAAAUGCAAAGAAUGUUAUUUUUGGGCUUAAUGUAAUUGAGAACAGCAAUCUAUCUGAUGACACCAAAGGAUGGUUUCCCCUUGGUAGCUGCACUAUGAGCGUUAAAACCGGUUCUCCUCAUAUAGUUCCACCAAUGGCAAGAGAUUCUCUUGGACCUCACGAACUCCUAAGUGGUCGCUACAUACAUGUAACGAAUAGAACACAAACUUGGAAUGGUCCUGCUCAGAAUGUGAAUGUUGCUCUUGGUGCUGACAACCAGUGGAUCAAUGGAGGACAAACCGAGGUUUCGGAUAAGCAGUGGCAUGAAAUUGGUGGAUCCUUUAGAAUUGAAAAGCAACCAUCAAAGCUUAUGGUUUAUAUCCAAGGUCCUGCUUCUGGUGUAGACUUAAUGGUUGCGGGACUUCAAAUUUUCGCAGUCGAUAGACGUGCAAGGUUUAGAUAUUUAAAGAUGCAGACAGAUAAGAUUCGGAAGCGUGAUGUGGUCCUAAAAUUCUCUGGGCUAGAUGCUAGCAGCUACGUUAACACCACGGUGCAAGUUAGGCAAACACGAAAUGAUUUCCCGAUUGGAACUUGUAUUAGCCGAUCAAACAUAGACAAUGAAGAUUUUGUCAACUUCCUUGUGAAACACUUCAACUGGGCUGUGUUUGCGAAUGAGUUGAAGUGGUAUUGGACUGAGGCACAACAAGGGAAUUUAAAUUACAAAGAUGCCGAUGAUCUUUUAAGCUUGUGUGAAAGGUAUAAAAUAGAAACUCGUGGACACUGCAUCUUCUGGGAAGUGGAACAAACCGUUCAACCAUGGAUUAAGUCACUGAAUAAUAAUGAUUUGAUGACGGCAGUUCAAAACCGUUUAACCAGUCUUUUAACUCGUUACAAGGGUAAGUUCAGUCACUAUGAUGUUAACAAUGAAAUGCUGCAUGGUUCAUUUUACCAAGAUAGAUUAGGCAAAGAUAUAAGGGCAAACAUGUUCAAAACUGCAAACCAACUUGAUUCGUCGGCUACUUUGUUUGUGAAUGAUUAUCAUAUCGAAGACGGAUGUGACACAAAAUCGUGUCCAAAUAAAUACAUUCAACACAUUCUUGAUUUGCAAGAACAAGGUGCGCCAGUAGGCGGAAUUGGAAUUCAAGGUCAUAUAGAUAACCCGGUCGGGCCUAUUGUUUGCGCUUCGCUUGAUAAAUUAGGUAUUCUUGGAUUACCGAUAUGGUUUACUGAACUUGACGUGUCUUCUACGAAUGAAUAUGUGAGAGGUGAUGAUCUUGAAGUUAUGCUCAGAGAAGCUUUGGCUCACCCUGCUGUUGAAGGGAUAAUGUUGUGGGGAUUUUGGGAGUUGUUUAUGAGUAGAGAUAAUGCACAUUUGGUUAAUGCAGAAGGUGAUAUCAAUGAAGCUGGUAAAAGGUUUCUAGCUUUGAAACAAGAGUGGCUAUCUCAUAGUCAUGGUCAUGUUGAUGAGCUAGGUCAAUUCAACUUUAGAGGGUUUUAUGGAACAUAUAAUGUGGAAAUUGUGACACCUUCAAAGAAAAUUUCUAAGACAUUUGUGCUUGAUAAAGGUGACAAUCCAAUGAUGGUAUCCAUUGAUUUAUAA